AUGACAGAAAUCGUCAUGAGCCAGACCCCUCCAAUCCUUCAUGGGCCCUCAGAAAAGGAACGCAAAUAUGACCGACAACUACGACUAUGGGCGGCUAGCGGCCAGGCUGCUCUCGAGUCGGCAAACAUACUGUUGGUGAACUCCGGGGCCGGGACAGUCGGUGCAGAAACUCUGAAAAAUCUUGUUUUGCCAGGCAUCGGCCGCUUCGCCAUUUACGAUGAGGCACAAGUGGAAGAGGCGGAUUUGGGCGUCAACUUCUUUCUCGAUGACAGCUGCCUGGGCAAGUCACGGUCACAGAGCUUAAGGGAUCUCAUCACAGAGCUGAACCCGGAUGUCCAAGGAACUUGGUAUCCCAAUGAGGGUGUAAAAACACUCGAGUCACUCCUGGCCGACUCCCCGGUGUUCACAGCCAUCAUCUACACACACCCCAUCCGCCUAGAUCAGCUCUCGCAGCUCAAGGCCUAUGGCCAACAGCACAAGACCCCGCUCGUGGCGGUACAUUCAGCUGGGUUCUACUCCUAUUUUCAGAUUAACCUUCCUGGAGCCUUCCCCAUCGUCGACACGCACCCAGACGAGACAGCCACCACUGAUCUUCGGCUGUUGACCCCCUGGCCCGAACUGGUUGCCUUCGCUGAGGGGUUGACCAAGGAUAUCGGCGGUCUAGACAAUUUUGAACAUGGUCACCUGCCGUACGUGGUGAUCCUUCUCCACUACCUCGAGCAGUGGAAAGCGGCACACGACGGGAAAUACCCCACAACAUACAAGGAAAAGACCGAGUUUCGAAAGGUGGUGCAGGACGCAGCGAGGACCGGUAACCCGGAAGGUGGCGAGGAGAACUUUGACGAAGCGGCUGCUGCCGUUCUGAAAACGCUGGUACCUCCGUCUCUGCCGUCUGGCUUGAAGGAGGUAUUCGAGUACGAGCAUUCGGACCCGGUCGAGCAGAGAUCCGGCUUCUGGCUCAUUGCUGACGCCGUCAAGCAGUUCUACGAGAAGCACCAGUGCUUGCCCCUUCCGGGCAAGCUGCCCGACAUGAAGGCGCAGUCCAAGGUGUACAUCCAGCUACAGGGCAUCUAUAAGGCCAAGGCACGCAAGGAUGCAGCCGAGAUACUACAGAUGGUGCAGGCCGCGCCGGGUGGCGAGCGCGUUGAUCCGGCAGAAGUGGAUCUCUUCUGCAAGAACGCAGCCUUCGUCAAGUUGAUCAAUGCGACGGGAGGAGGGGGCAGCAGCAGCAGCUCGAAGAUCAGCAGGGCAGAUCGCCUUAAGUCAGCAGCUGCCCUUGAAUUCGCCAACGAUGAAACGGCCGCCUUCACGCUGGCUCCGCUCUCCCUCCUGCCCAUCUACCUCGCUCUGCAGGCGACAGCCCACGCGGUGGACAAGCCCCUCAACGCAGACGGCAUCCUCGCGGUUGUCGCGGAGCAGGCACCCGGGGCGGAGCAGAACGAGCGCGUGGUGCAGGCGGCUCAGGAAGUGGCUCGCGCCGCGGGCGGCGAGCUCCACAACGUCUCGGCCCUGACGGGCGGCAUGGUGGCGCAGGAGUUGAUCAAGAUUGUCACCAAGCAGUACAUACCCAUCGACAAUACGUGUGUUUACGAUGGGAUUGUGGCGCGGUGUCAGGUUCUGAGGCUGUGA